CUCGAGAUUACACGGAAGAGCACCUUGAGGUGAAACAAAGGAGAGAUGAGGAGGAUGGCAAUGAAAAGACUUUGGCUGUUCGUUUUCAGUGCAAUUCUGGUGACUGCUCAUGCCCUCACUGUGGAAACACCUGAGAAGGAAAUCAAGGUGGCACGAGGGAACAACGUCACUCUCCCCUGUCAUUUUAAAACCACGGCUUCUGUUACCUCAGGAGAUGUUGUUGUCUGGAGGAAAACCGAUAGCGCGGAUGACGCUGUCACUAGGUAUUUCGAUGGGCUUGUACAGUAUGGCAAGGGCUAUGAAAACCGUAUACAGUUCAGUGGUGAUGUAAACCAAGGGGACAUCAGUAUCACCAUCAUUGCAGCGACCAUGGAAGACAACGGGAUGUAUGCGUGCAACGUUCGGCUACGGGAUGACCCCCCCAGGCAGACUGCAACCUUGGAUCUUUUAGUACUUGUUGCACCAUCCAAGCCAGAAUGCCAGAUUUUGGGGACAGCAGAAUACGGGCAGACAAUCAAUCUGACCUGCACUUCUCGUGAGGGCUCCCCAAAGCCCAGAUACACCUGGCAAAGCUUCAACGUCCAAAACGAGCCCCGGCCACUACAAACAACAGAAGGGGAACAAAUAACUCUGAAGAACAUCUCAGCGGACACCUCUGGCUUUUACAUCUGCACUUCAACAAACGUUGUGGGAAAAGAAUUCUGCAACAUGACAGUCAGCGUUGUGCCACCAUCCAUGAACAUAGCUCUGUACGCCGGCAUCAUUGGCGGAGCCGUGGCUGCCAUUAUAGUGAUUGGUAUUUUAGCCUAUUGCUGCUGCUGCCGGGCGGACAAGAACAACGACUAUGAGAUGACGGAGCGAGAAGACAGAAACGAACACUCCAAGGACAUGCCUACAAGGAACCAGAGAGCAGAGGACGAUGUUGAAGAUGAAUGA